AUGAAUUCCUCCUCAAUCCAAACUGAAAUAGGUAGGUACACAGACAUCAAUCACAUAUUCGAGACUGUUCAGAAGAGAGGCUAUCUCACACAAUUGACCACAUUUUUGGAGGAAGUCUUUACAAACGAAAUCAACUUUGCAUCUCAAAGACUCAAAGAAGUGAUCAGUGCCAUGCAAAGACAAGGAUAGAAGGUCGAAUACUCAAUUCAAUUAAAUCGAAAUAUACAAAUUUUUAAGAGCAAUUUUGAUUUAAUUUUAACUGCUACAUCCAACAAUGUCUGGAAUCAAAUAGUUAAUUCGAUGAAUCUCAUCUCCGAUGAAACAUUCCAACUCACCUACAACAAAUCCGAAAUCAUCUCCCCAGUUUCCAGAAAAAUCGACAGACAAUCAGAACCUGAUCUUAAAAAAAUGACCAUGAGUCAAUCCUAUGUGAGCAGAUCCCCCAGCAAAAUUUCAACUAUCAAACAACAACAAACAAUUCCCUUGAGUGAGAUGUCCAUCCAAAUGAGAGGAUCUCCAACCACCUUCAAUAAAGCAAAAAGACAAUUAGAUAAUAGUUUAACAACAAGCUCUCCAGGAGUAGGCAGGUAUCGAACCGAAGUGGCUGAAAAACAUAUAAGAGAGACCUCACCCAUUGCCACCAUAGGAAAAUCAGCAAAAAUUAGUUGGAUUGAUGAAAAACUGUAAAAAGAAGAUGCUCAAUCCCCAGGACCCAUAUAUAAUCCAGUAAAAACAUUCUGUUCUAAACGUGUUAAAUGA